CAGCUCCAGCGCGCAGAGCUCAGCCUGUUGUCCUGAGGAGAGCAAGCUGUCAGGAGCAGGAAGCGGCUCCACUACAACGGAAGCGAGCGUAGUUUUUUUCUAUUUCAGCACUAUUUCUUUCUGACUUUGUGUUGAAAGGUGUGGAAGAACAUGCCUUCAGCGCGCAGGUGAAAACAAUCUGCUCAUUAUCGCUGCUGCAACUUUUCAGCCCCUACACCUUGGGAAGAUUCGCGCGAGCUUUGUUGUUGUUAUCAUCAGGUUUCGUUCGCUAAAAUAGUUGAAAAAUCUUAAGAAAUGUCUCGUAAGAAGGCAGCCAAAGGCAAAGCCGCGAGCAGUAGCCCGUCCGCAGGCAGCCCCACCGGAAAAGGGAGCGGGAAAGGAGCGAGGAGCAGCCCGGGCAUCGUUCAGAUGAACGGGGUGGUCCACCCGAGCAGACCCUCCAUCAGCAACAGCAGCGAGUUUUACGACAUCGCUUUCAAGGUGAUGCUGGUCGGAGACUCUGGGGUGGGGAAAACAUGCUUACUGGUCCGUUUUAAAGACGGAGCCUUCCUGGCUGGCAGCUUCAUCUCCACUGUGGGCAUCGACUUCAGGAAUAAAGUCAUGAACAUUGAUGGCGUCAAGGUGAAGCUUCAGAUCUGGGACACAGCUGGACAGGAGCGUUUCCGCAGUGUCACUCAUGCUUACUACCGAGACGCACAUGCUCUGCUAUUGCUGUAUGACGUCACCAACAAAACGUCCUUCGACAACAUACGGGCAUGGCUGACUGAGAUCCAUGAGUACGCCCAACAGGAUGUGGUCCUCAUGCUGCUUGGAAACAAGGCUGAUGCCACACAUGAGAGGGUGGUGAAGAGGGAAGAUGGAGAGAGGCUUGCAAAGGAGUUUGGAGUUCCCUUCAUGGAGACGAGCGCCAGGUCCGGUCUUAACGUAGAGCUGGCUUUCACCGCUGUGGCAAAGGAGCUGAAGCACAGAUCUACAAAGGAUCCCAGCGAGAAGUUCAAGCUGCAGGAGUAUGUGAACAAGGAGAUGAAGGGCGUGGGCUGCUGCAGGUCUUAAAGCCUGCCCCGGUCACUCUGGAUCUAUUUGUAUGUGUGUAUUUAUGUGUGUGUGGAUCACUCAUGUUCAUAUCUGGCCUGAUCAGAGAUGAGGAGUCAGCUCCAGCGAGGUAAAUAUUUUCCAUCUCUCCAGUCUCUGUCCUCUGAGCCCCUAUCUGUAGUCCUGUGCUCAUCUCUCUGCCAGCCUCUCUUGUUCGUCCUCCUUCUGCAGCUGUGAAUGUAGCCUCGGGUUAUGGUUUGCAACAGACGAAGUUAAGCGCUGCUCACCUCAGUCAUUUACAUAAACAGACAUUAUCUUCCAUAACUGUAGCUGCAUGAUAAUAAAUCUACUCCUUCAUUGAAUCAGACACCAACCAAAUAGCUUUGCACAACUUGGUGUAGUUUUAUUGUGAAGGGAUUUAAUCACAUCAGAAUUUAUGCUCCUCUUUUUUUUUUUAACAAUACCAUCAGAAUGAAUGUUCCUCUAAUAGCUGUAUAGUGAUGUCUCCUGUCUAUGGUUCAGUGUUCAUGUCAGUGAUUCAACAGGCUAUUAGGAGCCAAAUUAGCUCACCAGCAUUAACUCAAUCCAAGCAUUACCAUGAUUCAGCCGUGGGUAUUUGAGAAUAUGUAUUACUUCUUAAACAUAUAAAAGUAAAUGGGUGUUAUUUCUUUGGUUUUUAUGAGCACAUGUUCAGAAAAAAACAUAAUUUGCCAAAACAAUGAUUCUUUUAAUGGAUUUUUAGCAAGAAAAGAAGUAUAAGAUAGUUUAAAGGAAAUUUUCAGAUACACGGCGUUGCAUGGUCACGAAAUGGAAAAUAUUUUUGGGCAUUUUUCCGAUGUAAAAAGAUUGAUGUUGAAUCUUGGAGUGCUCUAAUGCAACCUGUUUGAUAUUUUCUUUUGUUUUAGAUUCUAAGAAGAAAUUCACUUACUGUAUGUAAUCUAUAUCUACUGACAGACAUGAUGUAAAUACUUUUUUCCUGCUUGUAAAAGAUGAUUUUGGUGAGGGAAGGAUAACAGAAAUGGUAAUUUAAAGCAGGCUGAGCGGUAUAGAUAUGUUUAUAUAUUGAUAAGUAUUAUAUUACACUUAGUUUCAAUGUCUAUAUGAAGGUAAAAGUGCAAACAUUAGUAGGCCGCUUGCUUUUAGAACAGUUCAUUAAUAUAUAAAUGGAGUACAUAGUGCCAUGUUUUCUUACAGCGUUGACUAGUAUGUUUCUUAAAAUCAUAUGUUCUCCAUGAUAGAAGCAUAUGCCUCUUUUUAUACAACUGUUGCUUUGAUAGAAUUCAUCUUAAUCACCAAAAUCGAUUCUUUGUACAGUAUUCACAGUAUUUUCCAAAGUAGAUGUUCAAAGUAAUGUACCAAUUUUUGUUUUACUAUUUUUCAAUGUGCAACUCCUUUCUUGUAACUCAAGUUAACUACAAUAAAAACAGAAGUAAAUGUGA